AACAAGACAAUGAGAUUUACUAAGCAAAACUUCGUUAUGUUGAUUCUUGGAAUUGUAACUUAUAUGACUGACAUUGGAGCAGACGUUUGGGUAGCAACAGACUAUUUCUCCAAAGGACUGUAUCUCUGGUGUUCCCUAACAGUGGCCAUAGUGCUUCUUUCAUCCUUCGUGGUCCAGUUUUUCAGUUACACUUGGUUUAAAGAAGACAAUGAUACAAAGCUGAAUUGGGUUUACCUCUUUCAUUUAUUUCACGGUGGAAUAUUUGCAAGGUAUUGGUUUGCACUGAAAUAUGGCUACCAAGCUGCGUUUAAACAAAUCAGCUCAGAGAAUCAGUUGAUAGAUGACCUCUCCAGCGUCAUUCAUAAAGCAGCUAUUGAUGGAAUGGCUGAUAUAAGUAUGCUCCGGCUAUUUAAGACGUUCCUGGAAAGCACGCCCCAGCUUAUUCUUCAGAUCUACAUCCUGAUGACAACUAACAAUUCUGCCAUCAGUCAAUAUAUCUCCGUUGUUGUGUCUUUCAGCAGUGUUACUUGUUCAACCGUGGACUACCAAAUAGCUUUACGGAAAUCCUUACCAGAUAAAAAUAAAUUUGCUAGGAUAUCUUCCAAAAUAACAUAUCUUUUGUAUAAAUUGUUGACUUUAACAUCGUGGAUACUGAGCAUUGUACUGGUCAUGGUACUGAGCACCAAAAUUGCUUUCAUUCUAGUUGCGCUUUUUUGGCUUGGGGGUGUAUUUUGGACGCUGAAGCAGCACACUGAAUUUUGCAAAUCUGCUGCAGCAGAAGAUUUAUAUCGGACUAUGGUGGGAAUCAUUCUUAUUUUUACCUUUUUCAAUAUAAAGGGGGAAAAGACAAAAGUCCCCCUAUCUGUUUAUUAUGUCAUUCGAGCACUUACAACUUCAGCUAUAUUAUGUGCUUGUAUGUUUUGGAAGUCUCAAUUUAAUGGGAAAAUACAUUUGUUAUUUGUGAUCAUAACAGUUGCUCUCACUUUAGUAUCAGGCAUUUGUUUUCUUCUAGUUUAUUAUAGGUUUUUUCAUCCUAAUAAUCAAUGCACACAAGAUGUAGUUGAUGGACCAGAGCCUGAAAGAAUAGGAAUGUGUAGAAUAAGCAAGUUCAUAAUGUAAUAAACGGAAUAAACGUAUUU